CAACCACAGUCAACGAUCAACACAACGAUCAAGUCAUUGGAUCAAGCCAAUUAGGAUCAAGCAUGCGAUUGCGAUUGUCAUUUGUCACAUUGUACACGCCGAGAUUGAAAAAUCAAAACAAAUAAAGUAACCUCGAUAAAGUUGUAUAAUUGAAUAUAAUUGAAUCCCAGCGGUACCUAUUCAUGUUGCAUUAAAUAUUUAAAUUAAAAUUUGAAUAUGGUGUUUGGAAGCGUUUCGUCGUCAUCAGACAGUGAAUCUGAAAGUGAAGGUAUUGCAAGGUUAGGAGAUUGCGAGGUAUGUGGAAAGAAUAAAGCCAAGUAUACAUGUCCGAGAUGUGAAGUCAAAACGUGUUGCUUAGACUGCGUGAGGAUACAUAAAGCAGAAUUAGAAUGCAAUGGGAUCAGAGAUCGGACGAAAUUCGUUAGGAUAAAGGACUUUACAGACACUGAUUUGUUAAGUGACUACAGGUUAUUGGAGGAAUGUGCUCGUUUUGUGUAUGCCGUGAAAAGAGAUGAGAAGAAAAAGUUUACGAGGAUUGACAAAGACUUGCCGAUUCAUUUAUAUAAACUCAAGUUAGCAGCAAGGAAACGGGGGAUUGUUUUACAAUUUUUAGCCAGAAACUUUACUAGGAACCAAGUGAAUACUACAAAGUAUGAAUUCAAGAAACAUAUAAUUAACUGGAGGAUAGAAUGGAUGUUUCCAAAUGUGGAGGGCAUUCCUUUAAAGUUUGUUGAUGAGAAAUGUCCGGAAAAUAGAAAAUUAUCUGAUCUGUUGGAUAAAUACUUGAACCCCGAUGGAGUACCUUUUGAAGGGUCUAAAGCUUUGGCAUUUUAUAGAUCAGCUGGACUUAGUGGUGUUAAAGUUUUAUUAAAAGCUGAAAAAGUGAAAGGAUCUCAAAAGAAGUUUUUUGAACUGGACCCAGCAGAAUCAGUGUGUGAAAAUUUGUCAGGGAAAUGUAUUAUCGAGUUUCCCAUUAUAUUUGUGGUACUUAAAGAUCACGCAUAUAACUUUGAAAUCAUCACACCAGAAGAUGAAUUUGAUUAUGACAAAAGUGAACCUACUGAAGCAAAUGUUCAAGAAAGUCAAUCUAAUGUUAAUACUGACAGUAAACCAGAAAGCAGUAAAAAUGGUUAUAAGAAACGUCUCUUGCUAACUGAAAAGAUCGCACAAGAGAAGAAAGAAGAAAUAGAAAAAGAGAUCAAGGAACAAAGAAAGAAGAAGCCUAAGAAUCUUUUGUUCACCACUGGAUAUUCGUCAGAAGAGAGUAUACACACUGAUAGUGAUGGUGAAACUUAAUUGUAUAAAAGUACAUAAUAAUUGAAAUAUAUUAGGAAAAGAUAAAUCAUUCCAUUAUUAUGGAACCUUCCAUUUCUACAUUACAAAAAUAAGACAAAUUGUAACUUAAAAAUUCUAAAAAAAGGGCUUUUGAGCCAUAUUUGCCUAUUA